UAAAAUAAAAAAAGAAAAAAAGGAACAAUUGUUACGCAACCGAAGAAGAUACGAUCAAAUACUUCCAUCCGAAGGGUUUUCUGCAUUUUUCUGUCAUAAUUUCAACGAGUUAGGACGCAAAAAUUCAUAAAUUACUUGCCUUUCUCGAUGGACUUUUUGUGGACGAUGGUUAAUUUUCUUCAUGGUGAUCGUGUUCCCGAAAUUUGGUGAACCGUCCUCUUUUCUGGGAGGGGAGGGGGAUAAAGAAGACAAUCUCAGUGGUGAAAUUCACUGCUCCGGGAUUGAAUGAUCGAGACGGGACGAAUUGGAGAAUUGAAUUUUAGGGUUUCGGAAUUUUUAUCGAGUAGUUCUUGACUGGAGUUGAAACCUGGGGAGUACAACCUUUCGGUUACGGCGCUGUUUUUGUUGCGCUGACUGGCUGGUGCCGUAUUGGCGCUCCCGGAGAAUGGAUGAUAUGAAUAUUGGUUCCCCUUCAGAAUCUGCGCCGCUCAAGCCACGUGAUCGAAUUGUGAGGCGGCUUGCUUUACUUGGAGUUCCUGAGGAGCUUUUGGAUCAACUUCAACCUGGUUUAGUUUCUUUUGUCAAAGACAACAAGAUUCUUAUACCGCAGCUGGUAUCUGCAAUUUUGCCUACUGAUGUUGAAGUGGCAGAAGUUAUUCGAGAUGCUAAAGCAGGCUCCAAGAAAUCCGUGGCUGGCCCAACCAUGAAAAAUCAAUUUCGUGAAAGCAUGGUGUGGUUACAGUGGUUGAUGUUCGAAGGUGAACCAACCUUUGCUCUGAAGAACCUGUCAAAAAUGAGUUUUGGUCAGCGUGGUGUAUGUGGUGCUGUUUGGGGACAUAAUGAUAUAGCUUACAGGUGCCGAACUUGUGAACAUGACCCAACUUGUGCAAUUUGCGUCCCUUGCUUUCAGAGUGGGAAUCACAAGGACCACGAUUACUCAAUAAUUUACACAGGUGGUGGCUGCUGUGAUUGUGGUGAUGUGACAGCAUGGAAGCGGGAGGGGUUUUGCUCAAAGCAUAAAGGUGCAGAACGGAUACAACCACUUCCAGAGGAAUUUGUUGAAUCUGUAGGGCCUAUACUUGAUGCACUCUUCACUUCUUGGAAAAACAAACUCUUGUCUGCAGAAGAUAUUAGUGUGGAAGACCCUAAAUUAAGUGACCGUGUUAUGGAGCAUAAAAAGGUUGCAAAUGAGUUAACAUUUGCUGUGGUUGAGAUGCUUUUAGACUUCUGCAAAUACAGUGAAAGCUUACUCAGCUUUGUUUCAAAGAGGGUGAUUUCUUUAGCUGGCUUCUUGGAUAUUUUGGUGAGGUUAGAGAGACUGCUAACUGAUAUCGUAGUGAAGAAAGUACACGAGUUACUUCUUAAACUGCUGGGAGAACCUAUAUUUAAAUAUGAAUUUGCAAAAGUUUUUUUGAAUUAUUACCCUACUGUCAUCAGCGAAGCGAUCGAAGAAGGUAGCGAUCAUGCUCUUAAAAAGUACCCACUAUUGCCAACUUUCUCAGUGCAAAUAUUCACUGUACCAACACUUACUCCUCGUUUGGUGGAGGAAAUGAACUUAUUAUCCAUUCUCUUGGGAUGUUUAGAAGAUAUUUUCAUUUCUUGUGUAAGUGAAGAUGGUCGCUUGCAGGUUAUAAAGUGGAGUAAUCUGUAUGAAACCACCAUUCGUGUAGUUGAAGAUAUUAGGUUUGUUAUGAGUCAUGCUGUAGUGCCCAGAUAUGUAAUCUAUGAGCAGCAGGAUAUCCUAAGAACUUGGUUGAGAUUACUGACUUUUGUGCAAGGAAUGGACCCUCAGAAGAGAGAAACAGGCCUUCAUAUAGAAGAAGAAAAUGAAAAUGUCCAUCUACCUUUUGGUUUAGAUCAUUCUGUUGCCAACAUUCACACUCUAUUGGUGAAUGAAGCAUUUUCUGCUGCUAGUAGUAGUAGUAGCAGUGAAGAGACAGCUGAUGCAAUGUCUUUCCACGCAUUCAAGCAGAAUCCAGAUGACAUGGACAGCAUUAGACAUGCUAAAGUAGGUCGUCUAUCACAAGAAAGUGCUGCAUGUAAUGUAUUUGGUAGGAGUAGUACAGUCACUUCUGCAUCAAGAGUUGAUGAAGUUUGUUCAGAUACAAUUUCAUCGACUAUUAUGUGGCUGACUUAUGAGUGCUUGAAGGUUAUUGAUAGUUGGUUGGGAACUGAAAAUGCACUUGGAGGUUUUCCAAACAUGUUUGCUGAGAACGCUAGCAUGGCCUCUAGUUGCAAAGUUUAUUCACUGAGAAAACCUUCUGCACUGGAAUCGAGAAAAAUAUCAUCUAAGGUGGAAAAGGGUAAAUUUAUUUUUGAGAAGGUUGCCGGAAAAAGCAAAGACCAUAACAGGCAAUAUUCCUCACGUAUAUACAGUGGCCUUCAGAUGAGUAUUGACAAUGAGCAUGGUGUAAGCCUUGGAGAGGACAACCAGUUGAUGGAUGUGACCAAUGAUACAGUUACUGUUGAGGACUAUGCCAUGGAGACUGACGCACUACAUUUUCUAAGCUUCUCUGCUUGGCCAAACAUAGUUUAUGAUGUUAGCUCACAGGACAUAUCCAUUCACAUCCCAUUACAUCGACUGCUUUCUUUGCUAUUACAGAAGGCAUUGAGAAGCAGUUUUAGUGAAUCUGUGGUGCCAAGUGCAACAGGUGCUAGUUCCUCAAAUUUGUCAUUUGAAUAUGUGGACUUCUUUAAAAGUGUUCUUACAGACUACCACCCGUAUGGUUUUUCUGCAUUUGUUAUGGAGCAUCCUCUACGCAUUAAAGUUUUUUGUGCUGAGGUUAAUGCUGGAAUGUGGCGGAGAAAUGGAGAUGCAGCCCUAUUAUCUUGUGAGUUGUAUCGAUCGAUCCGCUGGUCAGAACAAUGUCUGGAGCUUGAUCUCUUUCUGUUGCAGUGCUGUGCAGCAAUGGCUCCACCCGAACUUUACAUCAGUAGAAUUUUAGAACGCUUUCGGCUGUUGGACUAUCUUUCCCUAAAUGUUGAACGCCCUAGUGAGUAUGAGCCUAUUUUAGUGCAAGAGAUGCUCACAUUAAUCAUACAAGUAGUCAACGAAAGGAGAUUUUGUGGACUUACAGUAGCUGAAAGUUUAAAAAGAGAGUUGAUUUACAAGUUAGCAAUUGGAGAUGCUACUCAUAGUCAAUUGGUGAAAGCACUCCCCCGUGAUCUUUCCAAGUGUCAUCAGCUACAGGAAAUUUUAGAUACAAUUGCUGUGUAUUCCAAUCCCUCUGGAUUUAAUCAGGGAAUGUAUUCUUUACGUUGGAAGUAUUGGAAAGAAUUGGACUUGUACCACCCUCGUUGGAGUUUACGGGAUCUGCAGAUUGCUGAAGAACGAUAUCUAAGGUCAUGUGGUGCCUCUGCUUUAACAUCACAGCUGCCUAAAUGGACUAAAAUCUAUCCUCCUUUUAGAGGAUUGGCCAGGAUAGCUACUUGUAAAGCGGUCCUUCAAAUUAUUCGUGCUGUGCUAUUUUAUUCUGUUUUUACUGAUAAAUCAACUAAAUCACGUGCCCCGGAUAGUGUUCUGUUAACUGCACUGCACUUACUUGCAUUGGCAUUAGACAUUUGUUUUCAGCGGAAGGAAUCAAGUGAUCAAUCAUUUUGCUCUGAAGAUUCUAUUCCCUUGCUUCUUUUUGCUGAUGAAGAGGUUGAUGAGGGUUUGACUUAUGGUUUGGGCAGACAAAGCUUGUUAUCUCUUCUUAUUUUACUAAUGAAAAUGCACAAGAAGGAAGGUCGAGAAAAUUUGUUGGAGGCUGGYAGUUGCAACCUAUCCUCUCUGGUUGAAAGCUUGUUGAAGAAAUUUUCAGAGAUCGAUUCUCGUUGCAUGGGCAAAAUCCGGCAACAUGCACCCGAAAUUCUUGGUUACUUGUCACAAUCUCUACCAAGUAGUGAUCCUAACAGCCUGAGCGAAACAUCUGAUAGUGAUAAGCUAAAGGCAAAGGCUCGAGAGAGACAGGCUGCUAUAUUGGAAAAAAUGAGAGCCGAGCAAUAUAAAUUUUUGGCUAGUGUUGAUUCCUCUGUGGAGGAUGAUGCAGAAUUUGGGCAAGAAUCUGAGAAGCCCAGUGUCAGUGACAGUGCUGAACAGUCUGAAACUGUUUGCUCACUUUGCCAUGAUUCUAGUUCCAGUGUUCCUAUUUCUUAUUUGAUUCUUUUGCAAAAAUCGAAGCUCGUGAGUUUAAUUGAUCGAGGUACUGUGUCAUGGGAUCAACCUUACUGGAGAGAUGAACAUGCCUCUUCAAUUCCUAGAAGGAACCUUGAUCAAUCAGAAUUGAGCACCUCCUCUGGAGGGAUUUCAUCUCCUCAGUUAGCACAGCUCAUUCAGAAUGCAGUAAAAGAAUAUGCCAGUCAUGGACUACCGGGGGAAGUUGGUGCUUUUCUGGAUUUUGUCAAGUCUCAUUUUCCUCCUUUACGAAACAUUCAAGUGCCCGGUACAUCAAAUGUUAAAGGGGAAAAGAUAAUAUUCAGCUUUGAUACGCUGGAAGAAGAUAUUUAUUUAUCUGUUCGAAAAGAAAUGCAUGAAAAUAUGCAUUCUAAAUUAAACGAGGAUGAAAAUUUGUCUAAAGUUGCGAGUAGUCUAGUUACUGAAGAUUCCAAAUCGGUGCUGCAUGUAAAAUAUAUAGCUGCUCUAUCAAGAGAGCUUGCAGAAAAUCAUUCAACUUCUGAAAGUGCUCACAAUGUUUCCAUGCCAGUAGAAUCUUUGCAGCCUACCACAUUUAAUGAAAUUGAUCCUGUAGAUUGUGAUGGAAUUUAUCUUUCUUCUUGUGGGCAUGCUGUGCAUCAAGGAUGUCUUGAUCGAUACCUAUCUUCAUUGAAGGAAAGGUUUGCUAGAAGAAUUGUAUUUGAAGGAGGGCAUAUCGUUGAUCCUGAGCAGGGAGAGUUCUUGUGCCCAGUGUGCAGACGUCUUGCAAAUUCCACUUUGCCUGCAUUUCCUAGGGAAUUUCAAAAGUUUGGUAACCCGUCAAUGAGUUCAAUUGGGAGUUUAUCACAUGUUUCUGGUCAAUCUAACAAAUCAACUGAAGAAGUGAAUCCACUUUAUGUUCAGAAAGCAGUGGCUUUCCUGCAAUCUACAGCUAAGGCUGUUGGGAAGAAUAAAGUUCUUAAAGAUAUUUCUGUACAUAGACAUAGGAAAGUGAGUCGCAAUCUUGAAGCUGUGUCCCUUGUUCUCUCCAAGUUGUAUUUUUCUGGGAAGCAGGAUAAAUCAAUAAGUUGCACCAGGGUGAACCCGUCAAUUCUUAUGUGGGACACUCUCAAGUAUUCCCUCGUAUCAAUGGAAAUUGCUGCUCGUAGUAAGACUGAUGUGAAUCCCAAUAUCGGUCUUAAUACAUUGUAUAAGGAGCUUAAAACUUCUGGUGGUUUUAUAUUGUCUUUAUUGCUAAAAGUGAUACAAAGUAUUAAGUGUGAGGAUUCUCUCCUUUUGCUUCAAAGAUUUUGUGGUAUCCAAAGGUUUGCAGAUUCCAUCUGCUCCGGAGUGUCCAAUGAAAAUGCUAAUGACUCGUGUGGACAAGGUAUCCUUCACAUCUUGACUAGUCUUCGGGUGGAAUUGCCACAAUUUGAUAUCCAGUUCUUGAGYCGAGGCUCUGAUCCUGUUCUUGCCCAUGAUCCAUUCGCAUCAGUGAUGUGGGUUCUUUUUUGCCUUCCUUGCCCUUUUUUAUCAUGCAAGGAGUCCUUGAUUUCCCUUGUGCAUAUCUUCUACCUAGUCUCUGUGGCCCAGGGUAUAAUCGCAUCUUGCAUGAAGUAUCAAAGCAAGAUAGAUGGAAUGGGUUUUAGUGAUUGCUUGAUUGCUGAUAUUUGCAAAAUUAUGGGAGAAUCUGAAUAUGCUCGACGAUAUUUUGUUUCAGAUUAUACAGAGCCAUCUUGUAAUGUUAAGGAUAUGAUACGUAGCUUGACUUUCACUUAUCUUCGGAGAUGUGCAUUGCUUUUGAAACUUCUAAAUUCCUCUGCACGAGCACCAAUUUUUGAUGGAGAGACUGCUUUGGAAAGAUAUCUUGCUGUGGAUGAUAUGAUCGACAACAUUGCACUGGAACUCAAUGAAAUCGGGAAGCUUGAGAAAAUAUUCAAGAUUCCUCCACUGGAUGUUGUUCUAAAGGAUGAAGCCUCACGGUCACUGGUCUGGAAAUGGUUUUGUCAUUUUAAUAGAGAAUUUGAAUUUCAGAGAUCUAAAAAUCUAAAGCACUGCACACCUGCAGUACCUUUUCAAUUAAUUCGUCUACCUCAUGUUUACCAUGACCUAUUGCAGAGAUACAUAAAAAAGCGAUGCCCUGACUGCAAACAUGUUAUUGAUGAUCCUGCAUUAUGCCUGCUAUGUGGUAGACUGUGUUCUCCAAGCUGGAAAUCUUGUUGCAGGGAAAGUGGAUGCCAAGCUCAUGCAAAUAUCUGUGCUGCUGGCACUGGUGUAUUUUUGCUGAUUAGGAGGACCACAAUUCUACUGCAGAGGUCUGCACGUCAGGCUCCUUGGCCAUCUCCUUAUUUGGAUGCUUUUGGUGAGGAGGAUAUUGAAAUGCGUCGAGGAAAACCAUUGUAUUUGAAUGAGGAGCGUUAUGCUGCUCUAUCGUAUAUGGUUGCUUGUCAUGGCCUUGAUCGAAGUUCAAAGGUUCUAGGCCAGACUACGAUUGGAUCUAUCUUCAUGAUUUAAUCAGGAGUGUAUUUUGAGGCAAUUCCUUUAGCCACUCCCACUGUUCAGAUUUUGUACUUACCUGUCUUAUAGUUCGUGCUGAAUUCCUCGUCCAAAUUCGCCUAACAGAGAAUUAUUUGACACCUGGAGGCAUUGAUAGGGAUAUCGGAUACAGGUAUGAUGAACAUGGAAAGCUCUAUAUAACUCUGAUGUAGAAUGGGAAUCUACUUGAAAGAAUUAUGUUGAAUUUCGCUUCUGAAGCAGUAUUUUUCUGGAUAAUGUUUUCAUAUUUUAGGUUGUGUAGUUCUUGGUUGUCAAGAACCUAUAACCCCGUCCGAUUGAAUUCCCGUGCACGAGUCUUUUCAGAGUUGGGAAUGGCCCUUUAUUUUUACAUGUUGGAGCCAGAGCCAGAGGAUAUUAAAGCUUGCAUCACCUUUCCAUGAGCAGUGGGUUGGAGGUAGUUCUGAAGUUGAUGGUGUGUAAAGUGAGUUUGUACAUAGGGAGGUUUACCGGUAUGUAUUUUAUUGGGAAAGCAUUGUUUUCACUUUUCAAGUUGUCUCAAUUUCUAAAUCAAAGGUUAUAAAAUCCCAUUGGCUUUCUAUUUGGGGGAUGGUGGCUUGAGAAGUAAGUUCCAUUUUCUACUUGGCAGAAACAAUUUGGGAUCACUUCAUACAGUUAUUAUGGAAGGGUUAGAUCUCCAAAAAGGGGAAAAAAAACUGAGUUGUUCUGCCUGUUUUUGUAAGUCUAAACCCCAACGUUAGAAAUCAGCUCAUUCAAGCUUCUAAAAGUAUAUAGGGGAAUUUAUUGUGCAUUUCUAGCCAACUCAACUUUUUAUUUGUUAAUAUUUAUUGUAAAAUAUUAACAUUCA